AUGAGUGAUAAGUAUCUGCGUACUGAGAAAGAGCAAUUGUUAAAUAGAAUCGGUAGGGAACCAGCUUGGGGAUGGUCACCAGCCGUAGACUUCAUCAAGCUGCUUGAAAAGCAUGCAGCGGUGCGACCACCAUGUAGCCAGCCGGAUAUUACUUCGAUUACCACUACCGCUACUAAUACUGAUACAAAAGAUGAGGGAAGCAUCGAGCAGGGUUCGAUAGACGCCGCUAAGGAUAAUUCCGCCUCACCCUUGGUUUCGACCUCGACGAAUCGUGAUAAGACGCGUGAUCGGGCGAUUCUUAAUGAAGACGACUUGAAUGCUCUAAUUUCGCAAAUUCAAACGCAAGCUCGCCGUCAAACAGCUAACCACGCUCAAGGAACUAGUUUGGAGGUGCCGACUGUAGGCAAGAACACCACUGAAGCGACAGAUGCACCGUCGGGCGAGGCCGUAUCGAUUCUACUAGCUGGUUCUGCUGAUAUAAGGCAUAUCCUCCGAACGCUCGCCUCUCUCCGUUUGCGUGAAGCCCAAAAUGUUGCGAACGGCGUAACGGCGCCCAUGUGCCAUAUCUACAUUUACGAGCCCAGUUUGCGAAUUCACUGCCGACAUUUAUUUUUUAUCCAAUGGCUAUUGGACAGCAUGUUCUCCCUAGAGGAAUUGGAGGAGCGUGUGCUAAUGUUUUUGGAAAUUUUUGGAAACUCCCUUCUACGCGACAUCACCGCAGCGCAGAUGCGAAGCGUCGCCCAACAUCUUCUGACAAGUUUCGAUAAUGAAGCGAGUCCACUAUCAGGACUAACUAAUUUUUCCGAAAUGAAGCUGAAAGAAAAGGAUUUUAUUGAGAAUCAGAUUCGAGGCUGGUGUAAGGAUAGCACGCAGGCUGAUAUCGAAGCGCAAUGGUCGCAGCUCGUUCGUCAGGACAUGGCGGAGCGCUAUGACAACCGGGAUAACCUCAUUGACUGGGAUUACGUCUUCCAUCUGAAAGAUUACACGCACUUUUUGAAGUUUCCAGAGUACCGCGUGUGGCGGAAUACGGGAGUUGCUUUUGAUGUUUGCCAUAUCAACCCUCGCCGUGGCUUCCAGUACGAGUAUACAGCCCCAAACAAGUCUUUAUUUCUGUUCGACCGCCGAGGCAUAGGGGUCUACCAUGGAGACAUAACGAACGGACCUUUUUUUUGCUUUGGGGCUCUCACCGAGAAUGAGUUUCUUCACAGCCGAGGCGCUGACGAAACGUGCAAAUACGGCAACGGGGUUGUUUCAAUGCAUAACGUGCGCGCGUGGUUGUACGUGCUCUUGACGGGUGCCGCUUGGCCCUGGGCUGAGCACGCUUUUGCUUGGGAUGAUAGUGCGAAUUACAAUUACUUGCCGCCUAACACGCCAAGCAGUGUAGCAUACAAGGCAGUCUUUCCGCGUGUUCGCUUUCAUUUUAUAGGGCUUGAUUUUGAUCGUUUUCUUCUUCAUCAAGUUCAGGGCCGUAUCCCACAUAUGGAUGCUGCCUUUUUUGGGGUCUCGUGUGCACACCUUUUGGGGCCGUUUCUUUUAAAAUCUGGAAUUCAUGACCAUGGUGUGGUGGUGGUGGAAACCGCUAAAUUUGUGGUGGACACCAGUGACGCUGCUAAGGAGGCUUUCGUGCAAAAGAUGAAAGAUAUGGCCGAGUCUGCCAACUGGCAACAUAAUGAACAACUUACAGCCUUGUUGCAUGAAGGGCAGCCCAAGCUUCAGGAGCCGAAGGGUGAACUGACCACUGCGAAAAAACAAUCCUUAUCACGCUACCGCUCACCAUUUCAACUGUCUUUUACGAAAAAGGGAGUAGAUACUCCAUAA